AUGGCUUUCCAAGAGAAUUUUAAACACGAUGACGAGGAGAUCUUGGCAGAUCAAAGUUUUAAAACUGCCAAAAGCGACGAUGAACACAAUGAAAUCCUCACGGAGAGAGAACCGGACGAAGAUGAAGACGAAGGUCAAGAAAAAAAGGAUUCAAGUUUAAGACAGCAAAGCUCUACCAGUGAAAACCGAAGACAAUCGUCUAUGUCCAAACCACCCUACUCCUACAUCGCUCUGAUCACAAUGGCUAUUCUGCAAUCACCGCAAAGAAAACUCACCCUAAGUGAAAUCUGCGACUUCAUCAAGCGCCGUUUUCCGUAUUACCGCGAAAAGUUCCCCUCGUGGCAAAAUUCCAUAAGGCAUAACCUUUCUCUGAACGAUUGUUUCAUGAAAAUGCCGCGCGAACCGGGAAAUCCUGGCAAAGGAAACUACUGGACAUUGGAUCCUGCCAGCGAGGGAAUGUUCGAUAACGGCAGUUUUCUGAGGAGGAGGAAAAGAUUUAAGAGACCGCGGCCACCUGAGGGAGCCGUCAGCGCCUUUGGGUUUCAGUACUACUGGAAUUGCAUGGACUCUUCAAGCUGGCGACCGCCUCUGUACUCACAUUUCCCAGUUCCAAGGUACCUGACAUGUUUACCGCCAGCUCUCGGCAGAUCAACAGACCCGCCUGUGUCAAGAGAAAGGCAAAGACCUGCAAAAUUCUCCAUCGCGAGUAUCAUCGGCUCGGAGACGGAAGAACACCGACCGCCGAAUAGCAAAGUAAGCCCUUCCUUGUCGUGUUGUUCUAACGUGCGUUCGAGUUACAGCAACACUGUUAGACCUUGCAUUGUAUCACCAAGUUCCUACUGUACAUACUGCAGCCAAAUGGCUGGGAAACGGUAGAACAAUUCUCUGAUUGAGUGAACUAUGCGGCACUGUAGUGUUUCUGGAUAAUUUCAGUUACUCUCCUAAGAUGUGGUAAGGGAAAUGUCUAUUAUUCUACAAAUAUGACUGUCAUUUCUGAUCGUUUAAUGAUCAGUUUUGAGGAGAAAGUUUAUAUUAAGAGAUGUAAAAGGAAAAUUGUUGAAACAACUAUGAUCGAGAAUUUAUCAAAGGAAAAUCACAAUACUUCCUUAUGAAAUAAUUGAGGAAAAUUUUUGAAUCAUAAAAACCUGUGAUACAGUCGUCUUGUUUCUUAAGAUUUUAUUUUUGACGUUUCACUGCUGUAGAAUAUCCCAAAGAAAACGAAUGGUGAAGUAGAUUGUUCUUGAGAGGCUAACCCACUAUAUUAUCAAAGCAAUCAAGCAAAAAAUUCCAGAAUAAAAUCAGCUACGAUGUGUGGGAGUUGACCAAAUGAACGAAAGCAGUCUUUUAAUUUCGAAUACCGUUGCAGAAGAACCAGUUUCUAUUUGAAGUAAAUGAAAUAGAUAAACUGUAAUUUUAACCGUGCAACCGUUCAGAAUUUAGUGAAUUGUGUAAAUAAAAAAGUGAUUGUGAAACAAUACUUAAAGCCCUCGAAAGAACGGUUUCAAAAUAAAUUGAACCAGUCAAGAAAAGAUGAAGUUUGAACGUUUAUUGUUUUCAAAAACGUAGGUAUUCUCUCGGUAUUGCACGCACCAAAACAAAUUACCUUCUCAUUUCAAUUUAUUUGUUAUUUUUCCUCUGUGGCUAAGUUUUUGUAAUGAAAACUUAUUGUAAUACGAAAUAAUUCAUGCUGCUACAGAUGUUAGCCAAGCCUAAAAAUUUAGCCAUUUAUCAUUUGGCGAGCAUUAAAUGUAAACAAAAAAAGUCAUUAGUCACUCCGCGUUAUCGCUAUCAGUUUUGUGAAAGCAGCCAAUUCACGUUGCAAUUGCUCAAAGCUACCGAAAAACAAAUUGAAAUCUUACAAAGCGACAAUUACGAAUACUUAUUUAGUGAUCAGUGCGAAACGCGUUUCAUACUCGACAUUUGUGUUUUUUAUAUUACACAAAAUUAGCGAAAUAGGAAUCGCAAAAUUGCUAAUUAAGUUUUAGGGGCAUUAGUCCAAAACAAACUCCCUUCGAGGUAGUUGGGGCCGAACGCGGCUUACAAUUCUUAUCUCCCUGUUUAGAUGCCGUUUUCAAGUUAGAUUUUCGAAAUUUUCGAAGGAAGACUGAACACUUCGUUUAGAGAAGAGAAUUUUUUAGUGAAAAGCCCUAGUUAAUUGGUCGAAACAUCACGAAAAGAAAAUAUAUACUUUUCAGGAUCUGGCGGUUUUAAGAAGAACUUUUUGGCGACGCAAUCACUGCAGGGGUAGUGGGAAAUGCUCAGUGAACAUCUGCACACAAUUGGUCGCUUUCACACGAACUGUUUUAGUCUAAGCCCAACGGCGCUAAAAAGAACCGUAAACUACCAAAACAAAUAACCUUUACUUAUAACUUUUCUCCUCAGGGAAGACGCACAAAAGAAACCGUUUAAGAAUUGAAUUGUUCGAUCUUAUUAUUUCAGAUGGUUUACUUGUUAAGCUGGAGUGUUUACCUUUUAAAGAUGUUUUUGAAUGGGCGCUGUUCGUUUUGGUAAGAAAAACAGCAUUGUGAUAUGAAGUAGAUCAAAGGAUUGAAAAAUUAUCACUCGUUGAGUGAUAGAAGUGUGUUGUCGCGCGCAAAAAGUAUUUCUUGUGCCAAGUUAGAUCAUCAGUACUAUUAUUCUUUCCUCCUCCUUCAAUCUAAUAAUAACUUUAAGAUCACCGAAAGCUCAGCAGUUAAUCUCAGAAAAAAUUAUUUUGGCACAAUUUUCCUGGAGUUGAAACCCAUCAACGACAGAAACCUUUCAAAUUUGGUUUAUUUCAAAACAACAAAAACUGUACAGAUUUUGUCACACUCCUCCACUGCUAAAUGGCCCAAUAUCAUUUCGCUUUGUGUCAAAAGCUUUACAAUCAGAUGUCACGAAGUACAUUGUACCCUGACUAACAAAUCAAUGAACACGGAGAAUCUUAAAGCAAUUAUAAGCUUGGAGUCGAAGCACUUACAGACGCCUUGUACUCAAUUGUUUAGAGACCAAAACUUGCGCGAAAGGUUAAGAACUUUUGUUGUCGCCGCCGGUAAAUGAUUUAUUACAUGAAAUGCUCUCACAUGGAAUAGAAAAACUACACGAAACAAAAUUUCUGGAUCAUUCUCAGUAUCAGAAAAACAGUCUUGGAUUUGAUUUAUAUGAGCAUCUAUCUCGAAUAUUCGAUCGUAUCAUCAUGGUAUUCCGGAAAAGUUAUGUUCCUCUCGGAUAAAUAAAACAACCCUGCCGAAUAUCUACCCACGAACUGAGAGAGUUUGGUUCAACUGAGAAUAUUUAUGUAGCUUAUCGUCUUUCAUUCAUAGCAAUAAAUUUUUGGCGAAGACCCUUUUCAACAGGCAGCCCACAGUUUUCGACGGAAACAAAUUAAGACAGUUCACGACGUGGUCAGACCUGUUAAAAUAAAUCUUACAUAUGUGUAACCGUAGAAGUGUCGUGUACAACGUUCUGUUUUAUCUGAGAUAAAAAAUAUCAAUUCUCAUUACUUAAUGCGUCAAUUUUUCUUUAAGUCAUUACUGAGAAUUUUCGUGGAUCACAAUGCAAAUCUUGGAACACUGCCUGAUCGAUUAGCAAUAAAUUCACAACGAAAGAGCAAUAUCAGUUUAAUUGGCGAUUGUUACAGUUUCGUUUGCCUCACGUGCACGUGUUCUCCCUAAAUUCUUGAAAUUAUUUGCAAUAGAAUGGGUAUAUCGGCUUUCAUGAAUAUAUGGCCGGGUCUAAGAAAAUCAAGAGAGGAAAGCAUGUAACAACAGACUAAGAUAACAUUACGCUGAAGUGGAGUUGCAUUUUGUGGUAGCUUAAACUAUAUAAUAACAUCAAAUGAGAGGUGUCCUUUCUGCCACACUUGUGAGACUUCAAAAUGGCUAAAACCGCCUGCCUACCUUUAUGGUGGAGAACUGAAGAUCCUAGUAAAAUAUUCGUCUUAGUGAGAGAAAGACAGCGAGUCCUGGCUUUGUUCAAGCGACACUAAAUUUGCGAAACGUCUCCCAACAAAUUGUCUGUAUGACUUUAACAACUUCAAAUGAUGAUACUUAAUUGUGAGAGCAAAUGUCUCCUCGUAGGUCAGAAACAGGUCAAGGAGUGUAUGCAGGGUACACUUGAUUGCAAUAGAAUAUGAACUACCUCUUUUAAGCGCCCUCACUUUUCGUAAAAAUCACCAUAGUUUCCGUACUCCAUUAAUCACAUUUGGAUGUACCCGUGUACACGUCUCUCUCUUGACAAUAAUUGUUAGCGAGUUUUGAGUUACAUAUCAUCGUUUAUUAUUUAAGCAAAGUUAAAUAAAAUGUACUAUUUUCAUUUUGAUACUGAUUUAAAAAGGCAGAUUAUAAUUAUUGAUCCACCCUUGAGCAAAGUAUAACACUUAAUCUGUUUAAGGAAGUAUUCUCUAAUACGUAGAAAUUCUGAGGGGGAAAUAUAUCCUUGAAAGUGUUACCAGCUCAAAAUUGAAGUUUGUAUACAGUUGUUUAUCGGAAAUAUCUCUAGAUCCGAAAAUUAUUUUCCAUUGAGGUUUAAUUCGCUCUUUAGAGGUCUCUUAACAGAUAUAAUGAUAAAAAUUUCCUCGUAUUUUGAUCGGUAAUUCACGUUUUCUUUAAAGGCAUAUAUACAUCGCAGCUAAUUGUGCAAUAUUUAUUUGCAGCUACUUCUAAUGAACAGUGGUCGAGAACGUUCCUCUGAGUUUCCGAUCCUUUUUUUUUGCCUCUUAUCUCGUUAUCCACGACAACUCAGUUGUAUCUGAUUAGUAAGUCGCCGGUCAAACUUAGUCCCAAACGCACCCUGAUGUGUGGAGUUGAGUUAAGAUAAAUACAAAUUUCCAUUUGUUUAGAAAACUCAAAUAAAAUUGUUUUCAAAAGAACAGAAGUGUUGUGCAAUUAGUUUCCCACGACAAAGAUAAGUCAACUGUACUUCUAAAUAAAAGCUAAUAAAAUAACUCGGAAUAUUUUGUCCUUCACGGAUUUGCUGCUACAUGCGUGAGCAGUUUUAAUCAUCAGUUGAACAUUACAUCUGUAGUCUGAACGUUUGGACGCGAAAAACUCUAGCAAAGAACUCCAGAAAGGACUGAAAAAUAGCUGAUGAAAAACGUUACAGUUCUAAGAAGCACAAUCAGCAACAGAUGAAAUAUUGAUAACGCUUCGAACCUUAAAACGAUUAGAACAAAGAACCCUUCGAGACCAAAGCAUCUGUUUAUCUUACACUAUACUUUUGUAUAUCUAAAGAAGUGAGCUGUUUGCAUAAGUAAUAAACCAUAAUCAGCUUUCUUACCAGCGUAAACUACGUUAAAAAGUAACUUGUAACGUAAAUAAAAUUUUUGCAAAACAAAAAUUCAUUUUUCAUUUACUCCGCACAACAAAAACGUUGCUGGUUCUACGCUUUUAAUUUCUCAUUUGAUUCAAAUUAUACAUAACAAAAGUGAUACACCGUGCACAGCUUACGUUUUCCCAAGAAUUAUUAUAACUUUUAAUAAAAAUGUUUGCGUUUAACAAAAGGGUUUCUUUUGUUACAAAGUUAACCGCUAUAACAAAACACUGUUGAUUGAGUCAAAGCGACGCGUACAUUGCAAGGAACGCACUGCUCUGUAAGAUUUUUACGAUUUGAGUUUAAAAUACAAUAUUCCGGUUUCCUUUGGUAAUAUAAAGGAAACUGGAUUAUGGCACACACCGCAACUGAAAAAUUCUUACGUUAGGGCAAAUUUAACAGCGUUUUAUAAUUCAUUCAGUCUUAGCGAAAUGUCUUCCCUUUGAAUAACGGCUGUUUCUUUGAAAUCAUCGGGGAAAUGAAACAAGAUUUAUUAAGUACUGCCGAUUCUUUUAUCAUCAAUUGCUUUCAUCAAAACCAAUUAUUUUAAGUACCAAUAGUUUUUUAAACAACUGCGCGGGUAACAGUCUGGCAGUUGACAACAAAUGAACGUCAACUUUUUAUUUCUAUGAAUGGAAGCCAUAGAAAAAAUGCACAUCGCGCGUGGCGACUGAAGCAAAAUAUUGAACGAAAAUUCGUAACAGAUUCUCGCAAAGGGAUGAAUCCGCCUUUAUCUGAUUGACAAAUAAAAUCAAAUUAUGAACCUUCAAGUAUCUGGUGUAUCAUGCUAUCCUUCAACUUGAGGAGAUAAGUUUUAAUCGAAGUUAGUAAAAUCAAGCAUCCUUCAAGGGCGAUGUAUCUACAAUCAUCUGGUAACAAAUGAAUUCGCUUGUUUAUCUGGUAGACAUGUUAAAUCAAGUUUUUUUUUUCUUGAGCAUGACGUUUAUAGAGCUAUUCUUCAAUUUGAAGAAAUAGUUUAAAUCACAGUUACAUGUGUUAUAAUCGAGACAUAGAUUCAGAGCAAAGUAUCUUGGUCUGGCGUUACAUCUCCUUUCAGCCGGCAAAAAAGGAAUCGCUUGUCUUAAGGUGUGUAAACAUAUCCUUUGAAUUUAGGCAAUGAGUUUCUAAAUAAAUAUGUCAAGUCGAUAUAUCAAAAUAAUACCGAAUCGCGAAGAUAGCAUUUCAUCUGCAACACAUACAAAUAGAAUUUUACAGCCAUAAAGUAAGCUAUGUUGGGUAAUAACUCGAUUUAAAGUACUUUUCGGGUGUAGUUCCAGGAAUUCUUUGUUAAAAAUGGUUUAAUAAAUUUCCCUCGUACAUCUUAAUUACUUAAUUCAUUUGGAACUAUAGAAACAAUAAAAACCUCGCAUAAUUAGCCGAGACAUUUGCAUGAAUUUUCUACAAACGCCGCAUUUGUUACUUCAAAAGUUAAGUAUAAGGAAGUUUCAAAAGACAAAAAGAUUGAUUCUUUCUCUUAAGGGGGCAUCAUUUAAAUUGUAAAUAUAAAAGUAAUUAACAGUCUGACAGAACUUGAAUGCUCUGCUGGAUAACCAUGCAAUCAUGCGCCUUUUUCCGUUUCCUGAAUUUAAAACAAUGGCAAGAGCACAGAUUUCGCCAUAAGAAUAAAAUUCAUUGUCUUAAGUUUGAAGCAUCCUCUAGUCUGCUCUGCGUCGUUUUAUCGAUUGCACUCAAAACCCCGCCAGUCAAACUAAAAAUUUCCACAAUUAAUUGCCAUAUAUUUCUAUUGAUUCUAGUUGUAGGAAUUUGAAUUUUCAUACUGAUAAGACAGCAAGUAAUUGCUUGAUAAACUAUUCUAAAAUUGUGAGGGAAAUUAGUGACUGAUGACUCUAGGAAAUUUAUAGCAGGUGAAGAACAAAUAUUAAAAUGUUCGUCUAAAUGUAAUUUGUUAAUCAACUACUGUCUGUGUCAGUGCGAUUGGACAGUGUGCUGUAAGAACGUUUUUUUCUCAUGGUUUCACUUAACGCUUUGAAAUAACUGUCGCGGCAAAUUUAGGGCUUCACACUUUAUUGACUUUUUCAUUAAACUGAAAUUAGCGUUCAUUGUGGUUGCAACGAAUCGCGGAUUACCGGUGCUUGGUUAACACGGAGAAUGAUUGCUGCGUUCUUUUAUAUUCAUCCUCUAUUUAACCAUUUCAAAACAUUGUGCUCAGUUGAAAGCGAUAGGGAGAGCUAAUCUCGGUCAAAAGAUGAACCACGAGUCUAACGAAAAGCCCGUCAUCCCGAGGAAAGCUUUGAAGGAGAUAAGACCGAAGCUUGGUGAUAAAUUAAAUAAUUUGGACCAAUCGGCGGAAUUGGCAGAAAGGAAGAAGGGAAAGCCACCAUAUUCGUACAUCUCUCUGAUCGUGAUGGCCAUCUUACAAUCGCCCAAUCGCCGUCAAACGUUAAGUGGCAUCAUCGAACACAUUCAAAAGCAGUUUUCGUAUUACAGCGAGAAUUGCCCUGCCAAAGGAUGGAAAAAUUCCAUCCGCCACAACCUCUCCCUUAAUGACUGUUUCGUGAAGACGUUCAGAGAUCCGACGAACCCCAGCAAAGGGCACCUGUGGUGUCUUCAUCCACAGAGCACACACAUGUUCGAAGGUGGAAGCUUCAUGAGAAGGAAGAAGCGCUUUAGAACUGGCUCUACAGACGAGGAAGAGAGACGCGUUGUGCCUAACAGCAACAUUACCCUGACGUCAUAUCAUGACGCAGUUCACACGUCACCUCACGACGUCAUCUCAUCGAUGUCCGUGCCGGGUAAAGCUCCAUCCAGGCCUUACUUUAUCGGGCAAGAAGAAUGGAACCGAGAGUACCGUUACAAAGAGGAUCUCGAUAUGCAAGUAAGUUUGUACAAACACUGUGUUCCGUGGGCAGCACAAGGUGGAAAAGUCAAAUUAUCGGCUACGACCAACAGCGCUCUUUGUCUCAUUUGCACCCACUGCACUUGUUUCUACUGA